CCUUAGCUCGGGAGAGCGCCUUGCAGACUGAGCUGUCUAAGGUCCGGACUGAGAAGUUCGAGAUGCAGGAUGCCCGGGAGGCCGAUAUGCUGCAGGCUGCCAAGGAGGCAAGGGAGGCGUUCUGGACCUCCGAAGAGUACCAGGUUGCUGACGAUAAGAAGUACAAGAAGCUACUUCGCGACACUGUCGCUGCCAUUCGCCAUUGGUUCCGCCGCGAGUAUCCCGAGGUUGUGUGGGAUACCAACUCGAUCUGGGAUGCGAUCGAGUUCUGGGGUGAUGACGAUGUCAAUUCCGAGCAUGUGGCCACUCCCUAAGCGCCUACCGACACCGCGGCAAGCAAUGCCAUCGAGACCGCCGAAGAUGAGGAGGGCGGCCAGCCUGAUGAAGGGGGAGAGCAGCUGGAUUGAUUUUAAGUCGCAUUCCUGUUUUCCAUUUCACUUCAUUUUGUAAACUAAAUCUGCCUGGACAGU